GCAGCCAAUAGAUACUUUUCAUUGACGUCACGCCGACCACGUGUUUUUUGUUUACAACGCCGUUUUGGACGGCAAGAUCGUGUCUUCAUUUCAUGGCUAGGAAGCGAUAAGUGUAUACUGUAAUGUUUUGGCUACGGUUAUCGUUUGAUUUUUUAUCUUGAAAGUCCUUUGACAAAACGAACACUGUGACCAGAGGUGAUUGAGGCACUUGUGCUGGAGUGAAGAAUAAAGAAAGAAGCCAAAUGUGAAACUCGAGAGCAAGUAUCAUCUUGUUAUUAGAUUGAGCUGUCGUACUUCUUGUAUAUAGCAAGUGUGGAGUGAUUGUGAUGAUGUCGACGUCAGCGAGGCGCGACAAGACAGGACGAUAAGGAAGUGAGUUACAGAGGUUGGGGGGGAAAAGCGAAAUAAAUAUGACCCACGUUAAAAAGUACAGUUCGACUCACAUCUACGUUAUUCAAUAACUCGACAGCAAGAUCCUAACAUGGUGUCUCGAGAGUGCCAGUAGUAUAGCUAUGGACUCACAGGAACAAAAAAAAAAAAACGGACUCAGGAGAAAAAAAAGAACAAAUUCACAAAAAAAAAAAAAAAUCGAGGACAACGAGGAGGCAUUCGGUAUUCCAGCUUAUCCAAUCUACCAAAUGCGUGGCGGAGAUUCAAGCAACACGCCAAACUCAUGUUCACAGGACCGCUUAAAAACAGAGCUGAAGAGGAAAAGUGCAGUUUCCUCCUGCUGUGGAUCGGCGAUAAAGGACGGGAUGUCAGCAAUAUGUGAACACUGACCAGGGACGAAGACAGGUUGCUAAAAACGUAUUACGAAAAAUUCUCUGAUUACCUCGCUCUGAAAGCAAACCCCGUAUUUGCUAAAUAUAAGUUUCACAAGCAAUGAGAUGGUCAGAGACCGCAUACUUUUUCGCUACCAACCAAGUGUGUGCGAAAAGUUACUCAGCCGGGGGCCGGAGCUCACACUCGAAAAAAGCUAUCUGCAUAGCCCGCUCCCACGAGUUAGCAAAAGUGCAGCUAAAGGCUAUGGCUAGCGACAGCCACGAGGUUCACAUUAUCCAGCACAAACCCGGAAAGCACAGUUUCACUGCGGGUGCUAGAAUGCAUAUUGACAGGCCAAAGACCUCCGUAAAAAUAUGUAACAAGUGUGGAGGAUACCACAGUAAAUAAGCUGAAUGCCCAGCAAAAGGUAAACAAUGCCUGAAGUGGCAGACCCUUUUUUCUGUCUGUUCUUACAACCACAAGACACACAAUGAAAUAACAUGAUGAAAAGGCCGUAACACGCUUAUAAGCAAGCCAGUAUUCACUAAAAGAUCACUAAAAACGCAAGUUGUAUUGUAGUUUUGCUGUCCAGUGGGCGUCGUAAACAAAAGUCACGUGACUCAUGACGUCACGUAAAAAGUAUCUAUUGAGGUAUGCGUUGCAAAUGCUGGUAUUGCCUCACUUUGGUGGGAAGUAGGACCCAGGGAAGACUGGACUUGACUGGAGACACUGGAGUGUGUGUCACUGUCACUUUGAGGGCUGGGGGGGGGGGCACAAUACAAUGUGUGACACUCGGUGCCGUACACAGCACUCGUCAUGAAUGGCAGCCUCAGCCUGGAGCAGACCAGACGGACGAAGCAUCAUUUAUCAUCUGAAAUCAGGAUGGAGUCAGAGAUCAACUGCUGCUACUUAACUGGAAAUAUCUGGACCUCAUGAAGCUGUCACCAGCAUGUCGUAUUCGGUCAGACGUCCGGAAGAGAUGCAAGCAAUUUACUUUGCGCAAGGACGGAUUUACCCAGAGCACUUGAUUCUCCGACUUAGUCAUGUGGAAAUUCAAUAUGUAAUCACGCUGAUUUCCAAUUACGCUGUCUGGUUUGACCUGAGCACGCAAAACGUCAUGGGUGGGUAUUUUUGCUUAGUUUUUAAUAAAGGGUUAAGCCUAAAAUGAACUCCAGUAUAUGCAGUACUUCAGCUAAUCUUAUAAAACUAAGAUGACUACAUUCGGAGGGAUAGAAACCAGUGGAACUAUCACACAUUGUUGAUUGUAAGGACAGAAUUUCUUCCAACAUAUGCAUUUAUAGUUAGAAGUGUUUCUCUUACAUCCAGCACUCCUGUGACCCUUGUGUGGAUAAGAGGCUCAGAAAAUGGAUGGAUAACGCCAUACACAAAAGAUGCUAAUCCGGUGACGAUCAGCAAAUUGAAAUCAAUGCAGUUUGUUGAUUGUGUGAUUAACUGUCUUGUCUCUCGAUCUCAGGACAUCCACCCAUAAAGACCUCUCCGAUACAAACAGAUCCAGUUAUGCAAGAAUAAUGGCCAAGAGGUUUGAUCCCAUGAUUUCUUCUGUCUCAAAUCACCCAGAGCCAAAUCUGACAACUGUCCCAUGGGAGCAAGAUCCAACAGUUCCUUCCGACGUGGGUGUGGUCACAAGCUCCCAGUCUCAGCUCAAAGACCUCUUUGGCUUAUUUUGCAUGGUGACACUAAACCUGAUUGCUCUGUUGGCCAACAUUGGGGUGAUGGUGGCCAUUGCUCGGGCUCCGCACCUGAAGAGGUUUGCUUUCGUGUGCCACCUUUGCGCUGUGGACCUGCUGUGCGCCGUUCUCCUCAUGCCCCUGGGGAUCAUAUCGAGCUCGCCCUUUUUCGGCACGGUCGUGUUCACGGUCCUGGAGUGCCAGGUUUACCUCUUCCUCAAUGUAUUUCUCAUCUGUUUAUCCAUUUUUACGAUCACGGCCAUCAGCGUUGAACGCUACUUCUACAUUGUACACCCGAUGCGUUAUGAAGUCAAGAUGACCAUCAAUUUAGCCAUCGGUGUCAUGCUCCUGAUCUGGGUCAAGUCAGUUCUCUUGGCUUUGUUCACUUUGUUUGGAUGGCCGGCGUACGGAAACCAAAGCUCAAUUGCUGCGGCCCACUGCUCUCUGCAUGCCAGCCACAGCCGCCUCAGAGGAGUAUUUGCAGUGCUCUACAGCGUUCUCUGUUUCCUGGUCCCUUCGGUGAUUAUCUUUGCCGUUUACUGCGCCGUGUACAAGGUUGCUCGUUCGGCUGCCUUGCAACAAGUCCCGACCGUCUCGACGUGGGCCAGUGCAAACCCGGACAAGAAUCGGUCCGACUCUAUCAGCAGCCAGGCCACCAUGAUCAACACCAACCGGUCUCUGCCUCAGAGACUUUCACCGGAGAGGGCGUUCAGCGGGGCCAAGGCGGCCCUCACCUUGGUAUUCAUUGUGGGUCAGUUCUUGACUUGCUGGCUGCCCUACUUCAUCUUCCACCUGCAAAUGUCUCUGACCGGCUCCAUGCACAGCCCGGGAGACUUAGAAGAGGCGGUCAACUGGCUCGCCUUCUCCUCUUUUGCAGUGAACCCGUUUUUCUAUGGUUUGCUGAACAGGCAGAUCAGAGAGGAGCUUGUCAAGUUUCGCCGCUGCUGCCUGACCCAGCCCGCGGAUUUAGGCGUUUCCAGCCACGAGGGCUCCCUGCAAGAGAACUUCCUUCAGUUCAUUCAGAGAACCACCAGCACAGCCGAAACCCGCUCCAGCUGGGUCAACACCAGUCCCAAAACCAAUAUGGACCACAGGGUUAAGAUCCCUGGGCAAAUACCAGAAGAUCACAAUUAGGUCUCAUGUUUUGAUGUUACAUUUUUCUAUUACACUUCAACUAGCCUUUUGUUAUUUAUUGCAGUACUACAUACUGGAUGUGCUAUCAAUUUUUGGCAUAGGUGCUUUGGCUAUAACAAACUAUUUCAUGGUUGGAGUAAAUGUUAGCAUUUUUAUUUCAAUAAUGGUGAGGCAAUAGAUACUUUUCACGUGACGUCAUGAGUCACAUGACUUUUGUUUACGACGCCCACUGGAUGGCAAAACUACAAUACAACUCGCGUGUUUUAGUGAUCUUUUUGUGAAUAUUGGCUUGCUUAUAAGCGUCUUACGGCCUUUUCAUCAUGGUAUUUCAUUGUGUGGCUUAUGGUUGUAAGAACGGCCAGAAAAAGGGGUGUGACACUUCAGGCGUUGUUUACCUUUUGCUGGGCAUUCAGCUAAUUUACUGUGGUAUCCGCCACACUUGUUUCAUAUUUUUACGGAGGUCUUUGGGCUGUCAAUAUGCCUCCGAGCUCCCGCAGUGAAACUUUGCUUUCCAUAUUUGCUGUGGAUAACGCGAAUCUAUUGGCUGUCGCUAGCCAUAGCCUGUAGCUGCACUUUUGCUGUUUGUCUAGUUAGUCUUUAACCAACAGCAACAAAGUGCUCAAAUGACUCACAGUUACCUUGCGUCUUCUUGUGAAACGUAUGUCUAGCAAAUAUGGGGUUUGCUUUCGGAGUGAGGUAACCAGAGAAUUUUUCAUAAUAAGUUUUUAGCAACUCAUCUUCGUCUCCGGUCAGUGCCCACGUAUUACCGCCGAUCCACAGCACGAGGAACUGCACUUUUCCUCUUCAGCUCUGUUUUAAGCGGUCCUGUGAACAUGAGUUCGGCAUGUUGCUUGCAUCUCUGCCCCGCAUCUGGUAAAUUGGAUGAGUCCCAGUUCAUCCCCGUGUUUGGAACACCGAACGUAGGCCUCCGUCGUGGUCAAUCCGUCGUCUUCGUUCGUCCAUAGUUAUACUACUGUCAAUCUGACACCAUGUUAUGAUUUUGCUGUUGUGUUAUUGAAUAAUGUAGACGUGAGUCCAAUUGUACUUUUUAACGGGGGUGAUAUUUAUUUCGCUUUUCCCACCCGCCAAUCUCUCUAGCGCACUUCCUUAUCGUCCUGUCUUGUCGCGCCUCGCUGAUGCCGACAUAAUCACAAUCACUCCACACUUGCUAUAUACGAGAAGUACUACAGCUCAAUCUAAUAACAGGAUGAUACUUGCUCUCGAGUUUCACAUUUGGCUUCUUUCUUUAUUCUUCACUCCAGCACAAGUGCCUCAAUCACCUCUGGUUACAGUGUUCGUUUUGUCAAAGGACUUUCAAGAUAAAAGAUCAAACGAUAACCGUAGCCAAAACAUUACAGUAUACACUUAUCGCUUCCUAGCCGUGAAAUGAAGACACGAUCUUGCCGUCCAAAAUGGGGUUGUAAACAAAAAACACGUGGUCGGCGUGACGUCAAUGAAAAGUAUCUCUUCAUGCCAUUUUUCCACUGUACAGUAGCGACACACCUCUGCUCACCGCACAGCAAAUAAAGGACAGCGAAGGAUGCCAUUAACAAAAAUAUUAUGAUGAUGUACACAUUUGUCCCAAAAAUAUUCAUGGAAAUGUAUAAAUCAUGUUUUCAAAAGUGCAAGUAAUGGGAUGUGUCGCAGGAAUUGACACUAAUGUAUUCGAAGGAAAAUGAGCAGCUUUAAAGUGCCAUCUUUUCUGUCCCAUUGAAGAGUUAUUGAUUGAGCUUUGUCAAGUACUGCGUGUCAUCGUUGCCUGGUAAUGGUGUAACUUGAGGAGCAGUAGCAUAGCACAACUCCCACAGAAUAAUAAAUGAUCCCAUCACGCAGGCUCUGGAGUGCGGCGAGCGCUCACGAAUCCGAGUCAACGCCACCGAGUUCCUGUGUGCAACAGAUACGCCCAAUGUCAUCUACUGCGGUCGUCAUGGCGAUUGAGUGAGCCAGUGAGUCACAUAGCAACAAGGAUCUUUAGGUUUGAUCCUGGUUGAAGUCUGCUUAGUCUGGGUCUGCAUGGAUAACUGUAUGCAGCCUAAAUGCUGAGAUGGUCUCAACAACAUGUGAAAAUGGGUUGAUUAUAUAAUAGCAAUGUACUACGAGGUACAGUGAUGGUAAUAUAUCAUGGAAAUCACUACAGGACAUUGAUAAAGCUCUUAGAGGGCCGACAAAGUGCUAGUUUAUGGCCACCUCUGUUUGUAUUAGUCUUUCAUAAAAGGAAGACCAUGUUGUGGUCACAGCCACGUCAAAUAAACGA